AUGCUAGAAGGAGUUAGAUUAAAGGAUGAAAUUGAAGCUCAAGCAUUAAAAAAUUCUAGGGAUUUAUACCCUGAUGCACAGCUACUGAGAGUUGAUGCAAUUCCAUCUAGUUACAUAAUUUUACUUACGAGAUUGAACUCCUUUGAUAACUGUUAUUUUAGAAAUACAUCUCUUGAGUGUUGGGAAGCUAGAGAAUGCAGGAUUACUGGUAAAUUUGAUUUAAAUCCUCAAAGUGGAAUACAAGCAGUUUUAUCUUCAAUAAAAUUAAAAUAUACAUCUGAUCCAUUUUUAACAAAAAUAGCCGUUUCAAAAAGAAAUGAUCUUGAAGAGAUCAAUAUAUUAGGCAGAGUGACUCCUAUAAAGAUGAUAUAUAGAGAAAUAGAUAUUUUAAAUUCACUUGGGUUGAUAUUUAGAGAAAUGAAUAAAGUGGAUAGUACAAUGGAAAUUACAAAUAGUGAAAUUUAUGAUGAUUACACUAGCAAUAUAAAUCAUACAAUUCAAAUAAGUGAUACAGCAUCCGAGAAAAUAUCUAAUUCGAAAAAUUUACCUUUUCUAAAAUACUAUUGGUAUAGCAAGGGUACUAAUAUUGAGUACAAUAACGUAACAGUACAUAUUAUUGCUGCAAGCCUAUGCUCAAGUCGUAGAUUAAGCCUAGUAUUAGGUUAUGAUCAACAUAAAAGUUCAUAUAGUCAAAUUUAUACUCAUCCUCUAACCUUAAUGGAUAUCGCUGUUAAGCUGGUAUCCGCUUUUCGAAGUGUCAUUAACCUUGGAUAUCUUCCACUAUAUUUCUCACCAGAAUGUAUUUUGAUAAAUUUUGAGAGAUCUUCAGAUACUGGAAUAUUAAAUGUUAAGAAUGUUAUAUUUAGUAAUAUAGGGGAAUUUGUAAAAGGAGACAAUAUUUGGUUUCAAAUUAAUGGAGAUAAUGAAGAUCUAUUUGGCUACAAAAUAGAUGAUGCACACCCAAUUAACGAUUUUUCUGUUGAUAAUAAAUAUAUAAGUCCUGAACUAGCUAUUUCUUUUUAUUUAAAAAGUUUAUUCGAGAAGGUAAUGCAUACUAAUUUGCAUUAUGAACAAUUAAAAAUUGAAAAAGUUACUCAUGAGAGUAAUAUAUAUAGCAAAUUUGAUGAUACUUCAAUAUAUUCAAGUCUAUAUGAGAGGAUAUCAAAUAGAUGGUGCUCUUUAAUAUUUUCAGGAGAUUUGAAAAUUACGAAGAUUUCAGGUAUAAGUACAAUGAGUAUGGAGUGGAAGGGAAUAAUAGAUAAAUUUACAAGCUUAUCAAAACAAACAAAGGAAUUGGAAAAUUGUGAUGAUCUUGAGAAAGAUUAUUCAACUUUUAAAAGUGUUGUAGAAAAAUUGCACUUUUCUAUAAAGAUGGGAAUACCUUCUAUUGUAUUUUGCCUUGGAAUUGCACUUUCUAAACUACUUGGUGGUAAAGAUAUAUUGGAAGCUUGUGAUAAUGAUGAUAUUCAUGCUAUUGAUUGCAUGUGUGAAUGGAAUGCCUGUGGCGAUAUAGUUCCUAAUUUAGGUCGCGUUAAUGAAAAAUAUAUAAUAAAUUGUUUAACUGGAAGGAGAAAUUGUUCAGUAUUAGAUAUUAUCCCAAAUAAGGGAAUAUUUGUAGAUGAUUCACAUGGAUGGUCUUCUAGGGUUCAGCGACUUUUAUGGGGUUGUUUGAAUUUCAACCCUUCUCAAAGAUGGACUCUUGGUCAGCUCGACCAGGAGCUAAGAUCUCUAUACCGUGAAAUGCACCAAAUAUUGCAUUUGAAAGAUGAGUUUAAUGUGCAUAAUAAUGAAGCAACUGAAAAUAAGAAACUUUUUAAUCAAAAUAGACACAAAUAUACUAGGUGGUUUAGAAAAUUCCAAGGAAAUUCCUAA